GCUGACACCACUCUUCUUUCCCUUUGUCUCGGGUGGAGAGAGGAAGCGAGGGAGCAAUAAAGGGAGAUUGGGUUUUUUCUGAACGACACAACGUUGAGGAACCGACUUUGACGUGACCCUACUUUCCUCUCUUUAAGGGAAGAGGAGUAUUUCUAAGCACUGGGUUGACCUUGCCCAGCAGCCCAGCUUCUCCUGUGUGACUUAGGCCUGUGUGUAAGAGUACAGCUACUCUCUCAGAGUCUGGGGUGUGUGGUACCUCCAUAGUUGACCACCAGCCAUGCGUUCCCUGUGGUUUCUUCUUUUGCUGCCCUGUCUGAGUUUGGUGCCCUCGAGCCGGGCAGAGAAGGGCCUGGAGUUCCCACGCUAUGACGGGAAGGACCGUGUCAUCCACAUCAACGACAAGAACUACAAGAAAGCGCUGAAGAAGCACAGCAUGCUGUGUGUGCUCUACCAGGACAUCCUGCCCAACAGCAAGGAGCUGCAGAAACAUCACCAGAUGACUGAGCUGGUCUUGGAGCUGGCAGCCAUGGUGCUGGAGGAGAAGGACAUUGGCUUUGGGAUUGUCGAUUCCAACAAAGACGCAAAAGUGGCCAGGAAGCUGGGCCUGGUGGAGGAGGGCAGUGUGUACGUGUUUAAGGCUGACCACGUGAUCGAGUUUGAUGGCUUGCUCUCAGCGGAUACCAUAGUGGAGUUCCUUCUGGACCUGUUGGAGGAUCCAGUGGAGGUGAUAGGGAAUGCUUUAGAACUGAGGGCUUUUGACCGAAUGGACGAGGACAUUCGCCUCAUAGGAUACUUCAAGAACGAGGACUCUGAGCACUUUCUUUCCUUCAAGGAGGCAGCAGAGAAGUUCCAGCCCUACAUCAAAUUCUUUGCCACGUUUCAAAAAUCUGUGGCCAAGGAGCUGACCCUGAAGAUGAACGAGGUGGACUUCUAUGAGCCCUUUAUGGAGGAGCCAGUCACCAUCCCAGACAAACCCAACUCUGAGGAGGAGCUAGUGGCCUUCAUCACCCAGCAUAGGAGACCCACUCUGAGGAAGCUGCGAGCCGAGGACAUGUUUGAGACCUGGGAGGAUGAUAUAGAUGGGAUUCACAUCGUGGCCUUUGCAGAAGAGGAAGACCCUGAUGGUUAUGAGUUCCUAGAUAUCCUGAAGGAGGUGGCUAGAGACAACACACACCACCCAGAUCUCAGCAUCAUCUGGAUUGACCCUGAUGACUUCCCUCUGCUGAUCCCCUACUGGGAGAAGACCUUCAAGGUGGACCUUUUCAGACCUCAGAUUGGAGUGGUCAAUGUCAGCGAUGCGGACAGCAUAUGGAUGGAAAUGGAUGAUGAGGACGAUCUGCCAAGUGCUCAGGAGCUGGAGAACUGGAUAGAAGACGUCCUCUCGGGCAAGGUCAACACUGAGGAUGACGACAAUGAAGAUGAUGACGAUGAUGACGAUGAUGACGACGAGGAUGAUGACGACGACGAUGAAGAGGAUGAAGAUGAUAAUUCCAAUAACAAUGAUGAAGACGAUGAGGAAGAGGAGGAUGAAGACGACGAAGAUGAUGAUGUUGAGGAAGACGAUGAUGACGAUGAUGACGAUGAUGACGAUGACGAUGAUGAGGACGAUGAUGAUGAUGAGGAUGAUGAUGAGGACGAUGAUGAUGAUGAUGAAUAAUUCAUAAACUAUGAAUUAGAAAUCAUGAAUUCAUGACAUCAUUGUUUGAUUUAUCCAACCCCUGCACUGUACUCUUCAGUCAGCACUGAUUAAAUUCAGGGGGAAAGGAGGGCAGUUUUCUAGAUUCCUUUGUGCGUCUAGAACCUCUCCAUCAUUGACCUAAGUCAGCCUCAUAAUCAGCCACAUCAUAACGUUCACUUUCCACUGAGACACAAAUCCUCAAACCAGUAUUAAGAUUUUUUGUAACUUCUCAGCGCCAAGACACAAGCAUGUCCAGCAGUGUGAGAAAUUACUUAGCUGAGGAACCGUUUUCCAAGCCAAAGAGAUUAAACUGUAAACGGGUGAAUUGAGAAAAGUGCAUCAGUGUCAACCUGAUCUGUUGUUCAGUGUACUGGACUUCUAGAAGUUAGCUUUAUAAAUCUACCAAUGCCUUCAUUACCUACUGUAAGAUGUACAGAUGACUUUUAUCAAUCUUUUCUGCUGUACGUUUUCCUCAACUUCAAUAAAGUCAAAUAAGUGGUA